UGCAAUUAAAACGAUUUUUUACAUAUGUACACAUCUGAUAUAUGUACGCAUUCGUUUUGGAUGUAAUUGAACUGCGAAACAAAUUUCGCACUUAUCAUUUUGGAUGGUCAUAUUUAUUGCUCAGUGGCCAUAAAUUGGUGUAUAAAGUGAAAAGUUAGGAAAACGUUGUUUAGAAUUUAAUCUUUUGAAAAUUUAGUUAUUUUCUGGUUGUGUGUAAUACAUUAUUGCGUUGCUUUUAAUAAUUGGAACGUACAAACGUUGUGAAAAUAUAGCACAUGAUAUGCUAAUGAGUGAAAUAAACAGUCAAUCUUGAAGUAAUUUGAUUUUAUUCUCUAUCUGAAAACGUAUUAUGGAGAGAAAUGUUUUUAAAGAUAUAUGCUAUAAUUUGUAACCAGGAUAACACUGAAAAAUUCGAUUUUGCAUUUCCCGUGUAUUCGUGAAUGAUUAAAUAAAACCCAAUAUAUCAGAUGCGAAAGAUAACAUAUAGUAAACAAUAGAAUUAGCAAAUGAAAAAUUGAUUUUUCCACAUAAAUGUAACAGCAAUAUUCCUAUAUGUAAAAUAAUUGAAUAUAUAUUGAAAUCAUUUCAUCCAUUUUUAGUGUUGAAUAAGUAAAACGUCCAUUUUGACGGAUUAUAAACAUGUACUAGUUUAUUUUUUUUCUUACAAUUAAUGACAUACAUAAGUGUUAAAUAUCAGUUGUUUUCGUAACGAUUGCAAACAGAUGUACUAAAGAGUAAAUAAGAUUGUAGUACUUUCAUUCCAUUUCGGUGUAACAUAAUGAACAUUGUCGGAGAAUAUGAAUAUAGUUCGAAGGAUAUGCUUGGCCAUGGCGCUUUUGCCGUCGUAUAUAAGGGACGUCAUCGUAAGAAACAUUUUCCAGUGGCUAUUAAAUGUAUAACUAAAAAGGGAUUGAUUAAAACUCAAAAUUUACUUGGAAAAGAAAUAAAAAUCUUGAAAGAAUUAACAGAGUUGCAUCAUGAGAAUGUCGUGGCGUUGUUGGACUGUAAAGAAUCACAAGACUGCGUCAACUUGGUCAUGGAGUACUGUAAUGGCGGUGAUUUAGCAGAUUACCUCACGGUUAAGGGUACUUUGAGUGAAGACACAGUCAGACUCUUUCUUAUACAGUUGGCCGGUGCCAUGAAAGCACUUUAUACCAAAGGAAUAGUCCACCGUGAUCUUAAGCCACAAAAUAUUUUGCUUUCACACAAUUAUGGCAAAACUUUGCCUACGCCAUCGAAAAUCACGCUGAAAAUAGCGGAUUUCGGGUUUGCACGUUUUCUGAAUGAAGGCGUUAUGGCAGCAACACUUUGUGGGUCUCCAAUGUAUAUGGCACCUGAAGUUAUCAUGUCGUUACAAUAUGAUGCUAAAGCUGAYCUCUGGUCCCUGGGUACAAUUGUCUACCAAUGUUUGACUGGCAAAGCUCCUUUUUUUGCACAAACCCCUAAUGAGUUAAAGGGUUACUAUGAAAAAAAUGCCAACUUGGCACCAAAAAUACCAAGCGGUGUCUCACCUGACUUGCGAGAUUUACUGUUGUGUUUGUUGCGGCGCAAUGCCAAGGAUCGGAUCUCUUUUGAGAGUUUUUUCAGUCAUCGUUUCUUACAGGGGAAAUCGCCUAUAUAUGGUACACCUAGUGAUGUGCCCCCGCAGAUGAGUUUGGAUAAUAUUCCAGUAAAACCAAAAAGUUCUCAAAAGCUGCAUGAAAAGCCCCUGCAACUUCCUGAGGCUAAUGUUGAUGCUAUUACAGUACUACCGGAUAAUACCUCAGUUUCGAUUGCGGAAAAUCCAGCUAUCUGUGCUACCAUUACAAAUGUUGGGGUGCUUUGUGACAGCGAAAACAACAGCGAUUCGUCUGGGUCGCCAGAGGAUUCAGAUGAUUUUGUUCUGGUGCCUAAGAAUCUACCAGAGGAUCAAAAUGUCAUUGAAUAUGAGAAGAAGCACUCAGCAUGCCAGGCUGCGCAAACAGCAAACCAAUUAAACCCACUACGACCAAACAGUCUACCAAUAUCUGAACCCAAACCAGUUCCUGCUCCAGCUCGUCGGUUUUCGUCAAACACCACUGAUACUGCGUCUGGAAGCAAUGCGUCGCCUGCGGGUCGUACUAAGGUUAAUAGUGAUAAAGUUCAACGACCACGUUCAAAUAUUUGUAACGAGAUUGUAAUUGCAACAUCCCCUAAACAGCCCAGUGUGGUCACACAAUUUCCGCGGUCACAGCCUAUUAGUGUAAAACAACGCGCUGAACAUCGUAAAAAUAGUGUAAGCAGCGAUAUUAAUUCCAUUUCACCACCAGCGGUUCAAUUUGCUAUUGGUACACCGCCCGCCCGGCGCCGUUCUGCGUCGGGUAGUUCACUAUCGGAGACACCACCACCAAGUGCUCCAUGUACUUGGCAGGUAAGUCCAGGUACCCAGACUCAAUCCCCUCUACGACGAUCAGGUCACAGUUCACCGAUUCUUCCUUCUGUAUUGGCAAAAUUGCCGACACUGGGUAGCCCAACGCUGAUUGUAGCACCUGGUUCUGUCAAUUCGAUUGGCUCCGGUUCUUGUGGCUCAGAGAAUAAUAACCAACAUCCCGUAUUGGGCCCGCGUGCAUUUACACUACCCGAGCUCGGUGCCACAGGAGGUUUGCAAAGUCUUUUGGAUACAGCCAGUAGUCGUGCUACCGGUACAGAUGGCAAUCAACUUCAUACUUUCCAUGCACCUGAAUUAUCGGAGGAAACACUUUUGGACCGCGAACAUAAUGAGACUUUAUCAAAGUUGAACUUUGUUUUGGCUCUUACUGAUUGUAUACAAGAAGUUGCAGACUCGCGUUGCGCACCUCUUUCAGCCGUCAUGGCUGUGGGUGGAACAUCAAACGAUCAACAAUCCAUACCGCCACAUGCACCUGAACACUGCAAACGAGCUGAACGAUUGGUAUUAUUGGUGCGUGCUUUACAGCUCCUCUCAAGUGGCUUAAAUUUAGCAUCUCACCAGCUACGCAGCGGAAGCUUGAAACCUUCUUCAAAUGUUAAGAAUGCUUUGUUGGCCAUGAAUUCUAAAUAUCGAUCGAUUCUCUUUGAGUCUAAGAGAUUGAAUGGUUCCGGUUUGCUUCAAAAAGCUAAUGCGUUCAACAUUACAGCCGAUAAAAUUCUCUAUGAUUAUGCUUUAGAUAUGUGUCAGGCCGCUGCUUUGGACGAGUUGCUUAGUAAUACAAAAAAUUGUUUUGAACGCUAUAACACCGCACAUAUACUGCUACAUUCGUUAGUUCAAAAAUGCAAUCAUCCUCAGGAUAAAAUGCUAUUGAAUAAAUAUCGUGAUGCUGUUGAGAAACGUUUAAAUAUCUUGCAACAACAAGGCUAUAUAUAUGUGACUGAUGAAAGCUCUUAAGAUUCCGAAUAUAGGAUUUAUAGUUCAGUUGGGAGCCUUCCGUUUUCCGAUCAGCAAUCAUCUAUUUUAUUACUAUUCGAGUAUCUUAAAAUAUAAUUUAAGUAAAAUAAUAUUUUGCUAAUAUUUUAAUUUUUCGUUCGGCAAACUCACGUACAUGCUUACAUACAUAUAUACAUAUUAAAUAUAUUUCCUACGAAGAGAAUGUAUUCGAAUAAUUAUCAAAUUUCAAUUUUGCUAUCUUCCUAAAAAUUUUACGGCUAGAUAACUUAGGUUAAUUAAUAUUUUGCAUUUUACAUAUAAGAUCGUGUGUGUGGUUAAUAAUAAUUCGGGUAAUAAUUUCGGAAAGGAAAAAUAAACAAAUAUAUCCUUGAAA